GUUAUAACAACACGCAACGCCAAGCCGCGCGGACGGUCGCCGCCAUUUUUCCGCGGGAAAAAUUCGCGCCAAUAUUAUGUGAAUUUGAAUUUCGAAUUGUUUCUUCUUCAAGUGUCAAAAUGUUUUUCGCGCUGGUUGUAUUUGUUGGUGCUUGCAACGUUGUCUAUGGACAAGAUAUAAACACAAUGAUGAACAUGCCUAAAUACGAUGCAAGAUAUGAUUACUUGGAUGUGGAUGCGUUGUUUAAUAGCAAGAGAUUAGUGAGGAACUAUGUGGACUGUUUAAUUAAUUCUCAACGGUGCACACCUGAAGGAAAAGCUUUGAAAAGGUUACUUCCAGAAGCAUUAAGAACGAAAUGUGUCCGCUGCACAGAAAGACAGAAGAGAACCGCAGUGAAAAUUAUCAAAAGACUUAAAAACGAGUAUCCAGAAGAGUGGGCUAAGCUGGCUUCGAGAUGGGACCCAACUGGAGACUUCACAAGAUACUUCGAAGUGUUUUUAGCGAACGAACAAUUUAAUACCAUAUCUGGAAGUAAUGACAAUCCUAGUUCCCCACAACCAGAACCCUCAGGACAACCUGUGCCGCAGCCUAAUGUGCUGUCAGUAUUGUCAACCGCGUCCUCCACAUCGCGGUCGGUGCCACUAACCAACCCCACAACCAUAUCACCAUCGCCGCCACAACCGCAAAAAACGGCCACGUCUACACCAACCAGGCCUUUACUACUUAACAGGUUCGCAGAUGAUGGAGAGUUGAUGAUGAGUAGUCCAUCAUCCGCUGUGGCUACCCCAAGGACUACUGCGCCGCCCAUCAUCUCCCGCUCACCGACUACGAUGCGAACAAGGCCAACACCAGUAGAUUGGGCAGCGGGUUAUGACACGAUGCCGACGGUGUUCACAUAUCGACCAAUUGACAACAACGAAGCCUACACUACAGCGAUCACUUUCAUCGAUCAUAUCGGAAACAAAAUUAUUCGCACAACCGAAUUAGUCGCGGACAUAUUGAAAAAUACUGUGCGAGCGGUCGUUGGCUGAAUGCGACUAAAGCCAUAGAUAAUCUGUAAAAAGGAGAUUAUUGGCUAUUAUUUUGAUAGCAUAACUAUUUAUUUUAUUUUUAGUUUGCUAUGCUUUGGCUAAAGUGUUUUUUUCCGUUGGGCCAAUUAGCCUAGCACUUAAAAGUCAGUGAGUUUUUUCUCAUUGUACCGAUUUUAUGAAUUCAUCAAAAAAAAUCACAUCGGGAAAAUUAAUCGGUAGAACUGGUAAUACCCAGUUAAAUGGCCCUUGCCUUUAAAUAAUUUAUUGUAAAGUGAUAGAUUACUGAAAGAUGUAGCUUUAAGUUGCAACAAUUUUAUAGCAAUGAAAAAAAUCCUAAGUGCAAAUUGUCUAUUGUUUCGAAAGUCAAUUUAUACUCUUCAAUAAUAUCUUGCUGUAA